ACUUGAAAGUCAUUUUUAGGAUCUACAGUCGUUUGGAAAUUUCUUAGCUCAAAACAAAAAGGAGCAGCGGCACAUUUAGAAUUGUCGAGAUUUCCGGACAACAGAAGAUUAGCAAAACUGCAAAAGCUUAAAAAUGUACAGCAUGCCUGAUAGCGCCUGCUCUACUACCAGUCCAAGCUUCCAAAUUCCAUACUCUGCCAAGGCAAUGGCGGCAGCGGCAUUCACAAUGAAGCUUUGAGACGCAAAGAUCAAACUCAUCUAGAGAUGGAGCACCGUGCCCACGAAUCCACGAUGCCCGGGCGAGCCACGUCGCUGCGCGGGCUUCUUCUCUUUCUGCUCCUGUCUUUCUCGCAACUGCACGGCGCGAGCUCGGCGCCGGGCGAAGCAGAAGCGCUCUUGGGGUGGAAGGACAGCCUGAAACAACGCCCCGCGGCCCCUCUCGCUCUCGCCUCGUGGGACUGGGGCGCCGCCGCCAACUCCACUGUGGCGGCGUGCUGGUGGCGCGGCGUGUCGUGCGACGCCUUGGGCCGCGUCGUGGGCGUGAGCGUGGCCGGCGCGGGCCUCGCCGGCACGCUGGACGCCCUGGACCUCUCGUGGCUGCCCAGCCUCCGCAGCCUCAACCUCAGCUCCAACUCGCUCACGGGGUCAUUCUUCUUCCCGUCGAACGCGUCGGGGCCGCUGCUCAGCAUCACGUCCGUCGACAUGUCCAAGAACAACUUGUCAGGCCCGAUCCCGGCGACGCUGCCGUGGUACAUGCCCAAUCUCGAGCACCUCAACGUUUCGUCCAACCGGCUCUCCGGAGAAGUGCCGGCGUCCCUCGCCAACUUGACCAAGCUUCAGAGCCUUGUUCUUGGCGCGAAUCGCCUUUCCGGCGGCAUACCGCCGGUGCUCGGUUCCAUCUCUGGGCUGCGACAGCUCGAGCUUUACAGCAACCCGCUGGGCGGCGCGAUUCCAGCUGCUCUCGGAAAGCUCCGGUCGCUGGAGCGCGUCAAUAUCAGCCUCGCUCUGUUGGAGUCCACAAUUCCGAGUGCGCUCAGCCGCUGCACCAACCUCACCGUCCUUGUCAUUGCCGGGAACAAACUCUCGGGAGAGUUGCCGGUGUCGUUGGCCAAGCUGACGAAGCUACGGGAGUUCAACGUGUCCAAGAACAUGCUCACCGGCGCAAUCUUGCCGGGCUACUUCACGGCCUGGACCCAUCUCACGGUGUUUCAGGCGGACAAGAACCGUUUCAGCGGCGAGAUCCCCGCCGAGGUCGGCAUGGCGUCGAGGCUGGAGUUCCUCUCGUUCGCGACCAACAACCUCUCCGGCACGAUCCCGUCGGCCAUCGGAAGGCUGACGAACCUCAAGCUGCUGGACCUCGCCGAGAACCAAUUCUCCGGCACCAUCCCGCGGACAAUCGGCAACCUCUCGAGAUUAGAGAUUCUUCGGCUGUACGACAACAAGCUCACCGGCCUGUUGCCAGCCGAGUUCGGCAACAUGACGGCGCUGCAGAGGUUGUCCAUAAACAACAACAUGCUCGAGGGCGAGAUUUCGGAGCUCGCCCGGCUGCCAAGCCUCCGCGGCCUCAUCGCCUUCGAGAACCUCUUCUCUGGGCCAAUUCCGCCGGAUUUGGGCCGGAACGGCCUGCUGUCCAUUGUCAGCAUGUCAGACAACAGUUUCUCCGGCGGGUUGCCUCUGGGGCUGUGCUUGAGCGCGCCCCGCCUCCAGUUCCUCGCCCUGGGCAACAACCACCUCACCGGCGCCGUGCCUCCCUGUUACCGCAACUUCUCGAAGCUCUUGCGCUUCCGAAUGGCGCGCAACCGGUUGACCGGAGAUUUGUCGGAGAUGUUCGGGUCGCAGCCGGACCUGUACUACGUUGACCUGUCGGAUAAUUUGUUCCAAGGCGUGCUCCCAAAGCACUGGGCCGCGUUGCAGAGCCUCUCGUACCUGCACUUGGACGGCAACAACAUCAGCGGCAAAAUCCCUCCUGGUUACGGCGCCAUGGCUGCACUGCAAGUUCUCAGCCUGGCGCACAAUCAUCUUGCCGGCACGGUCCCGCCUGAGCUCGGUCAAUUACAGUUGCUCAAUCUCAACCUUGGUCGCAACAGGUUGUCAGGACGAAUCCCUCUGACGCUAGGAAACAUCUCCACGAUGCUGCUGCUGGACCUGUCCGGAAACGACCUCGACGGCGGCGUGCCGAUGGAGCUGACGAAAUUGGCCCACAUGUGGUACCUGAACCUGAGCGACAACAGCCUGACGGGCGCGGUUCCGGCUCUUCUGGGCAAGAUGAGCUCGCUGGAGAAGCUGGACCUCGGUGGCAAUCCGGGCCUCUGCGGAGACGUUGCCGGCCUAAAUUCCUGCAGCCAGAAUUCUACCGGUGGCCGGCGACGGCGGUACAAGGCAAGGCUAAACCUUGUCAUAGCACUGUCUGUUGCCUCGGCGCUGCUGGUCUUGGUGACCGUGGUGGUGGCCUGCGUGCUGGUCGCCAACAAGAGGCGAAGAAGUGGGGACGAGUCUCGCGAUCACGAUAAUAAGCCGGUGACAAGGGCGAGCGAGGGGGGCACGCCGACGGAUCUGCAGGCUUCCAUAUGGGGCAAGGAUGUUCAGUUCUCCUUCGGCGAGAUCCUGGCCGCGACGGAGCAUUUCAAUGAGGCCUACUGCAUCGGCAAGGGGAGCUUCGGGAGCGUGUACCGGGCGGACCUCCCCCGCGGGCACUCCCUCGCCGUGAAGAGGCUCGACGUGUCGGAGACCGGCGACGCGUGCUGGGGCGUCAGCGAGAAGAGCUUCGAGAACGAGGUGAGGGCGCUGACGCACGUCCGGCACCGGAACAUCGUGAAGCUCCACGGGUUUUGCGCCACGGGCGGGUUCAUGUACCUGGCCUACGAGCGCGUCGAGAGGGGCAGCCUCGGGAAGGUCCUGUACAGAGCCGGCGACCGCAGCUGCGAGAGGUUCGACUGGCCGGCGAGGCUGCGGGCGAUCCGGGGCCUGGCGCACGCGCUGGCGUACCUUCACCACGACUGCUCGCCGCCCGUGAUCCACCGUGACGUCUCGGUCAACAACGUGCUGCUGGAUGCGGAGUACGAGACGCGGCUGUCGGACUUCGGCACGGCGAGGUUCCUCGGCCCCGGGCGAUCCGACUGCACCAACCUCGUCGGCACCUACGGAUACAUGGCACCAGAGCUCGUUUACUUCCGGGUGACGACCAAAUGCGACGCGUACAGCUUCGGCGUGGUUGCGAUGGAGAUCCUGAUGGGCAGGUUCCCGGGCGAGCUGAUAAGCGCCAUGCACAGCUCGGACGAGAUCGAGUCGGUGGCGCUCCUGCUGCUGAGGGACGUGGUGGACCAGAGGCUGGACACUCCGGCCAGGGAGAUGGCCGGGCAGCUGGUAUUCGCCUUCGUCGUGGCCGUGUCGUGCCUUAGGAUGAACCCUGAUGCUCGGCCGACCAUGCGCGCCGUCGCGCAGGAGCUCUCUGCUCGGAAGAGAUCCGUCUUGGACACGCCGUUCCAGGCGAUCAGCAUCGGCGACCUUACCAAUACGCGGGUGUGAUGCGCUGCAUCGUGUACUCGUGAGACAAUAACCGUCGUUCCAAACCCCUUGGGCUCCGUUAGGUACUGGAGUUUUUGAAGUGUUUUCUAAGGUAUAAACCACUCCAAAUUGAAAAA